AUGAUGGUAAAACAGGAGGAACCUCUAAAUGAGAUUAGCCCAAACACUCCGAUGACUAAGAAAUCUUAUUCAUUAAACGAGACUCUGCCGAAAAUACACCAUGGCAACCAAGCAAGAUUACUAACCUCAGAGUUAUCUAGGGAUAAGUCAACGAACUCUGUUGCCAUGCUCGCAAUGCAUAAUAACAUAAUACGUGAAUUUAUAAAAACCGCAAGCAGUGAUAUAGAAUUAAACACUGAGAAUAUCACUACUGUUGAUCAUUCAUUAAGUUCGAUAUAUUGCCUACUGAAGAGUCGUCACAUGUGGGAUCACAUAAAAUCCACUGUCAAACAACACUUGAUGAUCAUUGUCAAGCUUAUAAAUAAUAACGCAUUAGGAUUAGCGUCAUCUGAGAUAAUCUUUCUUUACAACGAAACAAACUUAUUCCAAGUUCAUAAUUUGAAGAAUAUUCUCCUUACCGACUUCAGUACAUGGAAUGACUACUAUCUUGCUAAUCUGAAAAUAUUAACGCUGCAGCUUAUAUUGAAGAGAAAGCUCGUAAGAGAAUAUCUACCGCAUGUUUUAGAACUCUUUUCCCGCGAUAAAAGGUACCUGUUGAAAGAUCAUAACCUAAAAACGCCUGCUCUAACAAAAAUAGUGCUGAGCUUUUUUGCUGUCACAACAAGUUGUAAAGUCUUAUUUGGGCUUAAAUUUUUACAGUAUAUCAAGCAGUUCAAAUUACCUCUCAAAAGCUUCAUCGGCAAUAUCAGCAUCGAGGAUUUUAGCAACAAUCUUUUGAAUAAAAACUAUCUCGACAUGGGAUCUAAUAAAAUAUUCUUAAAUUCUUUCUACUUGUCCUAUUCAAGGUUAUACGAUGGACUGGAUAAGAUUAUGCUUCUAGACCUUUUAAGUUAUCAAGAAGUCGCCGAGAUGCAAAAUAUGAUAAAAGUUAAAAAGUACUUUAGUGAGUACUGUAACACGAGCGAUAAUCGCCUCUGUUGGUCCUGUAUAUCCGUCGAUGAUUUGAAAGUGAUACUUGAACGCGCAACUGAUUUUUUGCAAAAUAAAAAGGAACAUAUAUCUGUCACUUUAAAAUACUUGGUGUGUCUUUGGUCUACUAUUCGUCUGGAAGGCUUGAAUAAGAAUAAGGACAUACUAAGACAAUUUGACCGUACUGUCGUUUAUGUCAACUCAAAUAUCCAAUCAGUCGACGACGAACCUGCCGUUGACUCAUUAUCCGAACUUCUGACAAUUUUAUCUGAAAUAUGUAUCGAUUUUGGAGAGCCUAAACGACUGUCGAACGUUAUAAACAUAUUUUUCAAUGCUUCCGUUUUAUUCAAGAACCAUUGUUUUUUGUUGAAGACUGCCAGUUUGGAAAUCAAGAAUGUUUUAAUUAAUAAUGAAUCAAAAACAGCCCAUCGAACUAUACUGAAAUUUGAGAAGUUUGUAUCUAGUGCCCAGAGUGCUCAGAAAAAGCUUGAGAUAUUUUCCUAUUUGUUUAACGUAUACUGCAUGCUCCAAAAUAACUCUCUAUCAUUUGUUUUUGAUUUUUGUCAAAAUGUCUUCAUCCAUUGCUUUACACGCCUAAAAACUACAAAGUUUAUAGAAUUCUCGAACUGUUCAGAGAUUAUGCUUUCAAUACUAUAUGGAAGUUCGUCUAUCGAAAACAUACCUUCCGAAAAUUGGUCACAAUUAACCAGGAUGAUAUUUUGUUCAUUGAAGGGGAAGUUUGAUUUAGAUCCCUCCCACCUAAACGAAAAAUUUGAUAAAUUACAUUUCCUGAAUAAAAAUGAACUAUUAAUCCGAAUAGUUUAUUUGCUAAACCUGGAUAUGAGUAAACACCUAACAACGAAUUUAUCAAAGAUAACUACGCUGUACAUAAACUGGCUGCAAAAAUCGAAUGAAUUAACCGAUAAAAUAUCAUCGUUGGAGAUGAACUUCGUUAAAAUGCUACUCUGCUACUUGAAUUUCAACAAUUUUGAUAAGUUAUCCAUUAAACUUUCUCUCUGUAUUAAAUCAAAGGAAAAGUACUUCUUUGGUAUCAUUCCUUAUGCUAACAAUUAUUUGCUGGAGGCUUACCUGAGCUUACAUAUGAUCAGUGAUGCACUUGUGAUAAAAAAUCAACUACAAAGAACGGUAAAUUUACCAACCGCGAAAAUAGAGCAAGCUCUAUUGCAUGUAAACUCUCUAAUGAAUAUCCACCUGUGGGAGUCUGAUUUAAGAGCAUUUCAAGAAUAUUUUGGAAAAACACUGCCCGCUAUGAGACCUGAAUUAUUUGAUAUCAAUAAUGAUCACAAGCUACCAAUGUCGCUUUACAUCAAAGUUAUACUUUUAAAUAUUAGGAUUUUUAAUGGAAGCGCAAAACUCAAUAUUAAGGCUGGUAAACUUAUAUCUGCUGUGGUAGAUUGUAGAAAGGCACAAAACUUAUCCCUAUCAUUACUUAAAAAGAAAAACAAAUUAUCACAGGGAUCAAGACUGGCAUUGUUAAAGAGUCUGUCAUUUAGUUUUUUUCAACUUAUCAAGAUAUACAUACGCAUUGGUUCUGCCAGAGAUUGUGAAUUCUACAGCAAGGAAUUGUCUAGAGUUCUGUCCGAAUUAGGGGAGCCAAUUAUUGUAUACAGGUGUCUUCAUUUUCUUCACAGAUACUAUAUGAUUACAGAGCAAAGCAGCCUUCAAAAUUUAACUUUGAAAAAGGCUAAUAAAGCAUUUGAUUUUCUUGACGCAGAGGCAGAUAUUACAAGCUUAACAAUGUUUUUGUAUGAUAAUAAGGAGUUUGUGAAAUUGGAACAGUCAUUGGUACUGUACUUCGGUGACCAGCUAGAAAAAACAUUCUUACCAAACUUGUGGAGGCUCAACAUGGGUGAGGACAUUAACGACAGCGUUUGUUUGCCUGAAUAUAAGCCGAAAAAUGUAAUAAAUAGAGCGAACAAUAUGUGGCGGAAAGUUAUGAACCAAUUGGAGGAGGACCCCUUUUUCAAAGGCAUGUUUGAAUCUACCCUUGGAAUUCCCUCUUCUUUGCCUCCUAUUUCUAAUACUAUGCCCAGUAUUAUUCUGAAAACUCCUUCGAAGCACAGUACAGGGUUGAAGCUUUGCGAUUCUCCAAGAUCAUCAAGCAUGACGCCUAAAGGUAAAAACAUGAGACAGAAGUUUGAUAGGAUUGCCGCUAUUGAUAAACUAAAAAAGAUGAAGCAGCUUCUGGAGAGCCUGAAACUGGACACUUUAGAAAAUCAUGAGUUGUCAAAAAUUUCCUCCUUGUUCUCACUAACUUUAACUAUUCUAUCAAACAUCACUAAUAUCAAUAACACUGAUGGGAGUUUAAUAACUAAUUUUUCUCUAGCUGAUUUACCAAGACACAUGCCUUUGCUAUUCGAUAAAACAUUGAAUAAUAUUGAUAAUGAAGAUUACAGAAAAUUUCGUGUGUCAUCAUUAAUAACCUCCAAUAAUAUAUCCGCCACUUUAGAAAGUGAUGUGGUAACUGCCGCUCAAAAGAACCUAAUGGAAAGUAAUCUGGAUAUCAACGUUAUCACCAUAGAUUUCUGUUCCAUAACUGGAAAUUUACUUCUAUCCAAAUUAGAACCUCAAGCCAAAAGAAGGACACAUCUAAGACUACCGUUGAUACGGUCUAAUGCGAGAGAUCUCGAUGAAGUUCAUUUCUCAUUUCCAGAGGCUACGAAAGAACUGCUUUCGAUCAUCAAGAAAAGUAAUGAAACCACAUCGGUAGAGGUUACCAGCAAAAUUAAAACAAGAGAAGAAAGAAAGUCUUGGUGGACCACAAGGUAUGAUCUAGAUAAAAGAUUGCAAAAACUUUUGAAUAACAUCGAGAGUAGUUGGUUUAAUGGGGUUCAGGGAUUUUUUAGCCCUGAAGUUGUCGAUAGCUUGCUGUUUGGAAAAUUUAAAAGUAAGUUCUACGAAAUUUUACACCAAAACCUACCCUCUAGGAAACUCUAUGGAAACCCAACAAUGUUCAUAAAAGUUCAAGAUUGGGUGAUAGAGUUAUUUUUAAAACUUAAUCCGCAAGAACUCGAUUUUCUUUCAAAGAUGGAAGAUUUGAUAUAUUUUGUUCUUGAUAUUCUCCUCUUCCAUGGAGAAGAAAAUGCUUAUGACGAAAUUGAUUUUAGCAUGCUUCAUGUGCAGUUAGAAGAACAGGUAAAAAAAUUCAGAGCAACUAUGACAACUAAUAGUAUAUCUCAUACAUUUUUAGUAGUUAGCAGUUCAUGCCAUUUGUUUCCCUGGGAGUGUCUCUCAUUUUUAAAAGAUUUGUCAAUCACCCGUGUUCCUUCUUAUGUUUGCUUGCAUAAACUUCUAUCACGUUUCGAUUACAAAUUACCCAUUCAUGUUACUAUCAAGGAUAACAUUAGUAUGAUAUUAAAUCCAAAUGGUGAUUUGUCCAGAACUGAAUCUAAAUUCAAAGGUAUGUUUCAGAAAAUAAUUGACACAAAACCCUCCUCUCAGUUGGUAAUGAAUGAGAAGCCAGGAGAGGAAGCUCUUUUAAAAAUGCUGCAAAACUCUAAUCUGUUUGUGUAUAUAGGGCAUGGUGGUGGUGAACAAUAUAUAAGAGGUAAGGAGAUAAAAAAAUGUACCACAAUUGCCCCCAGCUUUUUACUAGGCUGUUCUUCAGCAGCGAUGAAGUACUACGGCAAGUUAGAACCUACUGGAACAAUAUACACUUAUUUGCUAGGAGGAUGCCCUAUGGUAUUAGGGAAUCUUUGGGAUGUCACUGACAAAGAUAUUGAUAAAUUUAGUGAGAAACUUUUCGAAAAGAUGGGAUUUUGUUCCAGCUAUAGUGAUUCCAAUGAUAGUAGAUUAUCUGUCUCACAUGCAGUCUCCAAAUCCAGGAAUAUAUGCCAUUUACGUUAUCUAAAUGGUGCAGCUCCUGUUGUUUAUGGGUUACCAAUCCAAUUCACAUCAUAA